GUAUCACUGAUCAUAACUCUUUAAAAACAUGUUUGGAAAAUACCAUUCUCCAAGGUACUUUUUUAAAUCUUUGGAAAUUACUUCUCGUGCUUUGGGACUGAAAAUAAUUCUCGGGGAUGGGUUCUGAAAAGAAUGUCCACCGCUGUGAGCAGACCCUGGUUUGUGACGGGGAGGUUUGUGCUGAAAGCUUCUGGCAUUGCGCCCUUCUUACCAAGUCUUUGCCAUAAGGUCCAGGAGGGGCUGGUGGUGUCCCCGUGUGUCUGCUAUCUGCUAGCCCAUGGUAGCAUCUGCGAGGGUCCUGGCAGAGCCCAGGUCUGGGGUCCGGGUCAGCCUCUCCAGCGGCCCUGCUCUUCCCGCCCCCACUGGUUCUCCAAGGUGAGGAGAAGGUGGAGGAGGCAUGCCUAAGGCCGAGUUUCUGAAGAAUACGCUUUUGUGGCCAUUUCUCCACUUUCCAGCAUUGGGUCUACCUGUUGGCUUCCUGCAGUGAGAGAUGGCAGCGCACACCAGUGCCCUGCCCCUGCCAGGCUGGCUCUGAGGAUGGUUUUCGCAGGCUUGUCCGAUGACCGCAUCCUUCCCAGGACGCUGCGUAACGCUCACUCGCUUCCUUUCUCAGACCAGUGGUCUUCUGGAGUCAGUGAUGGCUGUGCUGUGGCUACCCGCCUCGCCUCCUCGCGGCGCCCCUGCAGCUGACUGGGCGCCACCCCCAGGGCCUCCAGCAUUUGCACCCGCUCAGCGGCUGUGGGCGGUGGUCCUGCAGCCCCCGCAUGCGCUCCGACACCUGCACCAGUCAGGGGCCCUGACCAUGGAUGCCCUGCAGGACCCUGCCCCAGACCUCGUGGACGGCAUGGAAGAGGACAUUGCUGAUAAGGUUGUGUUCCUGGAGAAGCGGGUGUCGGAGCUGGAGAAGGACACUGCCGCCAAUGGGGAGCAGCACAGCCGGCUGAGGCAGGAGAACCUCCAGCUUGUGCACAGAGCCAAUGCCCUCGAGGAGCAGCUGAAGGAGCAGGAGCUGAGAGCCUGUGAGAUGGCGCUGGAGGAGGCCCGGAGGCACCGAGAGCUCGUGUGCAAGAUGGAGCGGGAGCGGAGCAUCGAGGUGGAGAGCCUGCAGGCCAGGCUGCAGCAGCUGGACGAGGAGAAUGGGGAGCUGAGGUCGUGCACGCCCUGUCUGAAGGCCAACAUUGAGCGCCUGGAGGAGGAGAAGCAGAAGUUGCUGGAUGAGAUUGAAGAGUUGUCCCUACGGCUCAGUGAUGAGCAGGAAAACAGGAGGAAGCUGGGGGACAGGCUGAGCCACGAGAGGCACCAGUUCCAGAGGGACAAGGAGGCAACCCAGGAGCUGAUCGAGGACCUGCGCAAGCAGCUGGAGCACCUACAGCUUUUCAAGCUGGAGGCCGAGCAGCGGAAGGGCCGGGGCAGCAGCAUGGGCCUGCAGGAGUACAACAGCCGCGCCCGAGAGAGCGAGUUGGAGCAGGAGGUCCGCAGGCUGAAGCAGGAUAACCGAAACCUGAAGGAGCAGAAUGAUGAGCUCAACGGGCAGAUCAUCAACCUGAGCAUCCAGGGCGCCAAGAACCUCUUCUCCACGUCCUUCUCGGAGUCCCUGGCUGCAGAGAUCAGCUCCGUCUCCCGAGAUGAGCUCAUGGACGCGAUUCAGAAGCAGGAGGAGAUAAACUUCCGCCUGCAGGAUUACAUUGACCGGAUCAUCGUGGCCAUCAUGGAGACCAACCCAUCCAUCCUGGAGGUCAAAUAGAGGCAGGAAGGCCCAGUCUGGUGGGCCCAGGACCCCACCUGCACCCAGGAGAUGGCCACGGCGCGCGCACAGCCGAGACCAGUGGCUGGGCUGGGGUGCAACAACGGGUCUGCAGAGGGAGAAGGAACGGGAGCCCUGGGACCGGGGCCCACGCAGGAGAGGGUGGGGCUGGGCCUGCUCUCUGCAGAGAUGCGGAGACUACGUCUCAGGCUCAGGUGAGCCCUUCUGGGAGCUCCCUCCCGUGUGGCAGACCCCUCUGCAGCCCUACCCAUCAGGAAAGGAAGGAAGGAUACAUCCCCACCGGGGUGCUGCCGUGUGCAUCUGCUCAGGGGCCCUCACCCGCAUGGCACAGAGUCCCCAGGACCCUCUCGCCAGACGUGGUGAUUUGGGAAGUACAGGCAGGCGAGGCGAUGUGCGUCAGGGUCUGGCUAGGAGCUGUGGGGGUCCCAGCUUUCCUGGGGCCGUCACCCAUCCAGAGGGGGCACUUCAGUGCCUCACUCCAGCCUCCAGAUACUCCCGUGGGGGCUGGGGCAGGAGCCUCCCCUCUGAAAUCAGGACUUGAGAGUCUCCCCACGUGGAGCAUGCUUUCCGGACAGGGUGGAUGUCACUGGCUGACCCCAGGUGCAGGCAGUAUCCUGGUGAGAAACUGCCUCCCUGUCCGUGUGGCCUCCCAGCCUCCUGGAGCCGCCCUCCCUGGGCAGAUCUCAGCUGCCCCAGGUGAGUCCUGGUUUCCUAGGCAGAGUCCACGUGUCUGGAAGCACGUUUCCUCUGGGAGUUUGAAGUUGUUGAAGUGGCCAUCCUUCCCUGAGCUGGGUUUUGCAGGUUCUCUCAGUACAGAGAUCAAGAGCAGAGAAUAGGGCCCUCCUGGCAGCGUAGGGGCUCCUUGCCUGGCUCUGUGCCCCCACUGCCAGGCCCCACAUCAUCGUGGGGACUGCUGGGCCUGCCCCCACCCCGAGCCUGAGCACCGGCCAGGAGCCCCUGGGUGCUCCCGGGUGGGUCAAGACCCUGCACACAGACUGGCCACUGCUGUGUGUGCGUGCGUGCGUGCGUGCGUGUGCGUGCGUGCGUGUUGCCCUGCGUCCCUCCAUCCUCCAUGUGGCCCACCUUCUACACUAAGAUUUAAGACGUUGCCUCGUAUUGUACAUUUUGGGGAAAGCCUUGGGUGUAAAUCAGUGUAAACUUGGAGGAGAGAUUUUUCUAUCAUGUAGAGUAGGUAUUUUUUAUAGAUUGAAGGUUGAUCAAUUUUUUAAUACUUCCAAGAGAGAAAACUAUCUGUGUAUACACAUAAAAUAUAUAUAUAUAUGUAUGAUAAUAAAUACUGGAACUCUGCUUUCCGUGCCCAGCCCUGCCCUGGUGACACAGACGUGGGUCUGUUUCUGUCCAUCACUCAGCGGUCCUGUAACUGUAAAUAUGAAUUGCCAGGAGAUGUUUCACAUGGACACCCAGGCCUUCUACUUGCACGGUGACUCUGUUUCCUUCCUCUUGAGAAAGACUCUUCAGGCAGAGCAGUGGUGGCCUGGAUGCUGAAGGGCAAGUCCAGGACAGUCUGGCUGAAGAUUAAAGCUGUCUAUACACACA